AUGAGCAAACAGGCCGUUCAGACUUUCGGAAAGAAGAAGACCGCCACUGCGGUCGCCCAUGCGCGUGAAGGUCGUGGUCUCCUCCGUAUCAACGGUUCGCCCAUCGAACUUGUUCAGCCCGAGAUUCUGCGCUACAAGGUUUACGAGCCUGUACUCGUAGUCGGCGAGGACAAGUUCCAGACUGUUGAUAUCCGAGUCCGUGUCAAGGGUGGUGGACACACCUCUCAAGUCUAUGCUAUCCGCCAGGCGAUCGCCAAGGCGGUUGUUGCGUACUAUGCCAAGUACCACGAUGCCGCGAGCGCGUUGGAGCUCAAGAAGCAACUGGUUACCUAUGACAGGACGCUGUUAAUUGCAGACCCCAGGCGGGCGGAGCCCAAGAAGUUUGGUGGACAGGGUGCUCGUGCUCGCAGGCAAAAGAGUUACCGGUAA